AGAAAUGUUCGGAACUUUCUAGCAUCACGUAGGUACAUACAAAAAUCUUUAUUCACCCAAUUACUUCUGAAAACAAACCACUUGCAUCAUUAAUACGUCUGUCUUUUGUUUAUUGAAUCGUACUACGUCAUGGCCUUUUAGACGCUGCGACAUCCUCAGGGCUUACCGAACUAUGUUUCACCUCGAGAUAAUACGUAUACAGGGAAACUAAUACCCUAUAUAAAGUGUAUGCCGUUGUCGUUUCAAGCACACUCUCAGCAAACGUUGCGAAGAACCUUCUGUUGAACUUUGUGUGGUAAAGCGAAAGAUGAUGGGUAAACACGUGCUAGUAGUGUUAACGGCGUUGGUGGCGCUGGCGGCGGCGAAGCAGUUCGAGAAGUGCGAGUUGGUGCGCGAGCUGAGGAAGCAAGGCUUCCCCGAACCCCAGAUGAGAGACUGGGUGUGCUUGGUGGAGAAGGAGAGCGGUUUCCGCACGGACGUGAUCGGCAAGCUGAACGGAGACAGCUCCUGGGACCACGGGCUCUUCCAGGUCAACGACCGCUACUGGUGCACUCGCGACGGCCCGCCCGGCCUCGAGUGCAACGUCUCCUGCGCAGCCCUGCGCACGGACGACAUCACCGCGGCGGCGACUUGUGUGAAGAAGAUCUUCGCGCGCCACGGCUUCGGCGGCUGGACGGCCUGGAAGGCGCACUGCCAGGGCGCCAAGCCCGACAUUUCCAAAUGCUAGAUGACAUAAUACGUUAAAUAGGACUGCGUAAAGGAUAACGGGCGUUCUUUGGUGCGUGUGUAAGCACGAUUAAUUGUAUCAAGUUUUCGCAUUAUUUAUUUCCAUUAAUGUACCUAAUAUCUGUGUAAAAAAUAAAUUAUCUUUCUACGUGAUUAA